AUGGAGAAUCAUCCCGGAUCCAGUGACCAUCGACCGGGGUUGAAACCGUUGUCCUACACGUCCUUCUCCCUCAUCUCCGACGCCUAUCUCCCCGCAGCUCUCGUAUUCGUCGUCCUUGCAGCUCAGUUCUGGCCGACAUCAUCAAGCGCAUCCAAAUCGUUCCUUUCCAGAGUCUUCACCUCUUUCGUUACACCUCAAGACGUUCACGAGUACGAUCGCGAAGAGGCCGAGGCGCGCGCCAAAGAAGACCAUGCUCGUACCUCCGACGAUCAGACAGCAAUCAGUACAGCUAGUGGACGCGCACACACGUAUGGCUCGACCUUGCCUGAAGCCACCUCGCGCGGCGCGGCAGAAUACGAUGGCGACGACACCGAGACCUCGCCCCUUCUUCGGGCGGGCUCAUCGCGUCAAGACAGAACGACAGGCCUCACUCGUGCAGCCAAGCAACCCGCUGCAGUUCACAUCGGGCUCAGCCUGAUCAACCUCUGCCAUCUGAUGGCCUGGAUCGCUGUCCUCGUCAUCUCCAUUCUUAGCAGUCAUAUCGGCGACCAUGCAGGCGCCGAGGCCGGCUUCCAGAGCUCCAAGGGCCUGCAAUUGGCUGCCGCACUCCAGAUCUUUGGCUGGGCUUACGCGACGGUCUCUGCCGUCUUCUUCGCGUCUCCUACACCGCCUUACGGUCUGCUUCUAUUCUAUAUAAUGCAGAUUGUAGGCUCUUGCGUAUCUGGAUAUCAUUCGCUCUUCGGCGUUCCGCAUCCGCCCUUUUCUCCUGCGCACCGUAGCCAGCUGGCCGUGCCUAUCUUCGAUCUGCUUUCAUUGGCGCUUGUGUUCGUCGGCACUGCCUUGAUCAUGGGCCUUCCCCUACAGGUUUACGACUUGAAUCCACAGCACGAUCGAAAUGGAUACCCUCCGCCUCUCGAAGACUACUGCACUUUGUGGGAGUGGAUCAGCUUCUCCUGGCUCAAUCCCAUCAUUAACACUGGUUUGUCGCGUCCCUUGGAAGAGUCGGAUGUCUCGCAGCUAAGCAAGCUCUCCAAGUCGCAAGUACUCCUCAAAAACAUGCGCCGUCUUCGAGCACAGGAUGCCGAAAACUACGAGACGGCCAAAGCUCAGGCCGAAGCUGUCAGCAAACAUGCAUCGCUGCGGGACAGGGAGCGCGCUGCUGCCAAAGCGGAAAAGAAGAAGCCCAGCGUGCUUCGUCAGAUCUUCUGGAUGAACUCGAGGGAUCUGGCCCUUGACUUUCUCCUCAGCAUCGUCUCUUAUACCUUGGCUUACGCCAGUCCCUUCUUCCUCAAGCAAAUCCUCCAGGCACUUUCCGAAACGCCGACCACGCAAGCUUCUGCUCGUUCGACUACGUUCUUCACCGCAUCCUUCGAGUCCGUCUCCAUGACCACGGCCCACCAGGAAACCAACACAUGGUACUCCAUGCCUCUCCAACAUGUCGCCAUUUUCAAUAUGUCCGACACCAUCAACCCAGCCAAGAAGCGAGCUUUCCUCUUCGCCUUCUUUGCCUUGCUUGCUUCUGUCAUCAAGACGCAGAGUGACCUUCAGCACCUCUAUUACAGCCGUCGCGCUGGCGUUCGGAUCAAGUCGGAACUCACCCUCGCUAUCUAUGACAAAGCUUUGCGACGAAAGGACAUCUCUGGUUCCCUUCAGAGCGCUUCUUCUUCGGCUCUCUCCCAGGUCUCGGACAAAGACGUCAAGGUCAAGAGCCAGAAGACUAAUGACAAUGACGAAGAUAAGAGUUCGGCAAGCGUGGGAAAGGUUGUCAAUUUGAUGGCAAGCGACACCAACCAAAUCGCUAACACUGUCACUACACUCUACAUGGGCUACGCUGCCCCUAUAGAGCUGUGCAUCGCCACCAUCUUCCUUUACAAACUCCUUGGCUGGUCCGCCUUUGUGGGUGUCGUGCCCGCUUUCGUUUGUAUGCCCAUGCAGCAGAUCUUCACAAAGCUCGCGUUCAACAACAACAAGAAGGAACUCAAAUCCAGGGACGCACGCAUCAACGUCCUCAACGAGCUCAUCACUUCUAUUCGCUUCAUCAAAUUCUUUGCUUGGGAGCGAGGCUGGUCCGAUCGUGUCUUGCGAGCAAGACGCGAGGAGAUCAAGUGGAACGUCCGCGGAGUUUGGAUCCAGACGGGUCUGUAUCUAUCUUUCGCAUUGACGCCCCUCCUUUUCACGAUCAGCGCCUUCACGUCUUACACUGUGUUCGAAGGCAAGAAGCUCGAUGUCGCCACAGGAUUCACCGCCAUCGCGCUCUUUGCUAUGCUUAGGAACCCCUUGUCCGUCGUUCCCAUGGUCAUCAACUGGAUCUUCCAGGCAAAAGUCUCGAUGGACCGCAUCAACGCCUUCCUGAACGAAGACGAGGUGCCCGAGUGGGUCAUCAGAAACUGCAGCGAUCAAGCAAGCGCCGACCUGCACGAAGCUGACCAGGAGCGAACGGUCGUGCUCAAAGGUGCCACCCUACGUUGGCAGCCGGCAAAGCCUCUAGAGGAGAAGAAGAAAGCGCCUCCGAAACCCUCGCCUCUGUCAUCCCUGGCGUUCUGGAGAAAGAAAACCCCUGCAGUCUCACUCUCCCUGGAAGAUGAUGCUGACGCACCUGAAGAAACGACCCCCUUCCAACUCACCGAUUUGGACUUUCGACCUCCAGCCGGCAAGAUGACCCUCGUCUGCGGCUCUACUGGAUCUGGCAAGUCCUCCCUACUUUCCGCCAUUCUCGGCGAAAUGGAGUUGCUGGAGGGCUCUGUCACCUUACCCAAGCGUCCUUUGCAACUGCUCAGCGGAGGAGUAGCCUACUGCUCUCAGACUGCCUGGCUCGAGACAUUGAGCAUCCGUGACAACAUUGUCUUCGGCCAGUUCUUUGAUGCGGAAAGGUACGAAAAGGUGUUGGAGUGCUGCUGCUUGAAGCCGGACCUCAAGACAUUCCCAGAGGGCGACAAGACCGAGAUUGGAGAAAAUGGUGUCUCGCUGUCAGGCGGACAAAAGGCAAGAGUUGCUCUAGCUCGCGCCGUCUAUUCCCGCGCACCCGUCGUACUCCUCGACGACGUCCUUGCAGCCGUAGACUCACACACCGCACGCAGGCUAGUCGAUGAGUGCCUCUGUGGAGAUCUGAUGCGCGGCAGGACGGUGAUUUUGGUGACGCACCACGUCGAAACGGUUUUGCCUCACGUGGCCCACGUAGCCAUGCUUGAUGGAGGUCGUAUCCGAGCAAGCGGUUCUCCGGCAGACCUUCAAGCAGAAGGUCUUCUGUCCACGUUGAUCGAAUCAGAGGCUAGCGGCUCUGAUGCGGACAGUAAAGGCAAGCAGGCUGCGUCGGAUCAGCUCGUCGAGGAGGCGGCCAAGGAUGCUGCUGUUGAAGCUCAGGCGAAAUCGCAAGCAGAGGAGGACGAAACAAAGAAAGUCAACGUUGCCGGUGCUAGUCCUGGACGAGGCAAGCUUGUCAGCGCCGAGAGAAAGUCCACAGGCGGCGUCAAACGCGACAUAUACGUGACCUACCUCUCCGCUUUUGGUUGGCUCGCAGUCGCGUUGGUCCUGUCGUGCAUCACGAUUUCGCGCUCGUCCGAUCUGCUUGAAAGGUAUUGGCUCUCGUUCUGGGGACAUGCAUACGAAAAUCCGCCAUAUCAAGCAAAGCGUGGAUGGUUCUCAGAUCCUAGCACCAACGCAGCGCCAUAUCUUUUGGUCUACACGGGCAUCCUUCUGACGUGGCUGUUGUUUGGCAACAUGUCUAUGUUCGUAAGCGCUAGGUCGGGAAUCGCUGCGAGCAACAAGCUCUUUGAAAGGAUGCUUCGCACCGUGGUGCGCUCUCCAACUCGUUUCUUCGACACCACGCCGACGGGCCGCAUCUUGAACCGAUUUACCAAGGAUGUCGAGACGGUCGACAAUUCACUGUCUGGAAACAUUCGGAUGCUCGUGUUGUUCACGACCGCAGCGCUUAUGAAUGCAAUCAGCAUGCUUGUUGUAGUUCCAGCGUUCGCACCCCUGAUGAUCCUCAUCACCUAUGCCUACUAUCGAACGGCGGCCUCCUACAUGGCGUCGGCUCGAGAUUUGCGACGGCUCGAGUCGGUGACGCGAUCGCCCAUCUUCCAAUCUUUCACUGAAGUGCUCAAUGGCAUUGGCACGGUGCGAGCUUUCGGCGCGCAAGACCGAUUCCUGCAAACGCUCUUCCAACGUUUGGACGCUACGCAGAGCUGCAGCAACCUGUUUUGGAUGGCGAAUCGCUGGUUGCUGCUUCGCUUCGAUCUAAUGGGCGCGCUGACCGUCUUUGUCGCUACCGUGUUGGCUCUGGUCGGAGGAGCCGAAGCUGGAUGGGCAGGUAUCGCGAUUACAAAUGCCCAGAUGUGGAGUCAGGCUGCGUAUUGGCUUUGUCGGGUGUGGUCAGGAUUCGAGAUGGAUCUCAAUUCCGUCGAGAGGAUCUGCGAAUACUUUGAGCUUCCACAGGAGCCGCCGGCAAUCGUCGAGCCAAAUCGUCCCCCUCCUACGUGGCCGUCCAAGGUUGACAGCCGCGGAAUCCAGGCAAAGGGACUGGUGCUCAAGUACGCCCCUGAUCUCGACCCCGUGCUGCGAGGUGUCGACUUUGAUAUUGGCGCCGGUGAGAAGGUCGGGUUGGUGGGCAGAACGGGUUCCGGCAAGAGCACGCUCGCUUUGGCAUUCUUCCGCUUCGUAGAAUUUGAAGAAGGCACGAUCGUCAUUGAUGGCAUCGACAUCAGCAAGAUCGGUCUAGAGGACCUUCGAAGCCGUCUCACCAUCAUCCCUCAAGAUCCGGUAUUGUUCAGCGGGACGAUCCGCGAGAACCUCGAUCCUUUCAACGAGCGUACAGAUGAAGAAUGCCUACUUGCCCUAAAGAGGGUCAACCUCAGAACAACACCAGUCCACACUGCAGCGCCCAGCGUGCUUCCGAGCCGAGCUGGCUCGAUCCACGAGCAAAGUAUGGAGAUCAAUGGGUCGUCAUCGUCGUCGACGGCUGUCAACUCGGUCCUGCCGGUCGAACAUGGCACCGGAACGACUGUUGUCACCUUGGAGUCAAAGGUUUCGGAAGGCGGCAACAACUUUUCCCAGGGUCAGAGACAACUCAUUUCGAUGGCAAGAGCGUUGCUGCGAUCGACAUCGAUCAUCUUCAUGGACGAAGCAACUGCAUCUGUCGAUUUUGAGACCGACACGCAGAUCCAGAAGACGCUUCGAUCACCCCUGGGAUCCGACGCAAACCACAAGACAACCAUCAUUACGAUCGCACACCGAUUGAAGACCAUCAUCGACUACGACAGGAUCUUGGUGAUGGACAAAGGACGCAUCGCUGAGAACGACUCGCCUGCUGCGUUGCUGGAACGCAAAGGCAUCUUUUAUGAGAUGUGCCGCAAGACAGGAGAGUACGAGGAGCUAGAGACGCUUGCGCGCCAUGCUGCGGCGACGCUGCAGUCGAGCGCUCCUCUUUUCCUUUCCUACGCCGACUCAUCCGCCCCUAAGUACGACUUUUCGACUCUACUGUCCGACGUCGAGGACGCACAGAGCUUCCGCACUCAACCCUAUCAGCCUUGCAAUCUACACAACGCUGCAUCUCCCUGUCCCACAUCGCGAACUCAUUACAUCGCGUCCUCCGCGGGACGACCGCAUAUCCGCACGGUCGACCAAUCUGAUCGUUACCCUCAUUCCGACAACAUCACUAAAGAGCCUGUCAGGUGUUCCAGCAACGGAAAUAGCGCUCAAAUGCAUCUCAGCUCUCGCAAGCUGUACCUCACGUGCGUGGUGUAG